UGCACAUCGAUGCGGAUCACGUGGGCGGUGGGUCUUGUAAAUACAUUCGUGACAUGUGCUCACGUGCUCCGAUAUUUUGACACAUUGAACGUACUUGCUGCAAUUGAAUUCAAUCAUGAUUAAAAUUUGUGAUGUCUGCGGAAAGGAUGAUGCAGUUUACAAAUGCCCGACGUGCAGGAAACCUUAUUGCUCUGUGAGAUGUUGUAAAGAGCACAAGACUCAACCUUGCAAGCCUCCAGUAUUACCUGACGAGUCCGAGGAGCAAAGUGUCAGCACGUGGAAGUAUAAGUUUCCAACGGAGGACACGGUGCCCAUGGAGAAGCUACGGCAGUUGUGCGACAGCAAGGAACUGUUACAGUGCCUCCGGUCGUCCCAAUUGCGCGACAUUAUGAAGACAGUUGUGUACAGUCCGAAUCCCACCGAGGCGAUUGCGCUUGCCAUGAAGGAACCCGUAUUCAUAGAGAUGGCCGAUGCCUGUCUGAGGAUCGUGGAACCACCGGACGAUAUUAAGCCGUGCUAAAUAACUCACUUCUGUGACAAGUGAGUACUUGUCAGUGUGUACGUUAUUGUUGCAUCAAAUAAGACUAGCUGUUAUACGUUAAAGAAAGACGUUGUUUUUAAUUACGAUUUGUACAUAUAUGUUUUACGAAAAAUUGUAUAAAAAUGUCGAGAUGGGAAAAAUGCUGUUUUUUUUAAAUUUAAAUAUUUAUGUACACCACAAGAGUACGCAGAAUAUAAAAAUUUACGUCAAAUGGCGUGGAUGUGAAGAUAUAAA